UUCAAUAUAUUUUUUCUAUAUACUAGGGAUUUAUUUGUACCCAUAUAUGGCCUACAAAAAACAACCCUAUUUGAAAAUAAGUCAAAAAUACUGGCCAUGGCUUCUCCUAAAAAAAGGUUUCAAUUUUCAUCAUGGUUAGUCAUCUUAACCAUAAUUUCCUCGAGUUUCGCAACGCCACAACACGGUGUUUUCCGGCAAAAAUCGUUGCAAGGUGGCCCCACCACCAGUAAAAGUUAUCUGUCUAAGGAUGUGAAAGUGUUAUACUAUGAUCAAACACUAGAUCAUUUUAACUAUCAACCACAAAGUUACACAAAAUUCAAACAAAAAUACUUGUUAUAUUCUAAACAUUGGGGCGGAUCUAAGACAAAUUCGCCGAUUUUGGCCUAUCUUGGAGAUGAAGAACCAUUGUCAAACAAUGAAGUGGAUCACUUGAUUCUUCCGGAUUACGCUAAAAAACUUAAGGCUCUUGUGGUUGUGAUGGAGCAUCGAUUUUAUGGAGAAUCAAAGCCAUUUGGAAUAUCGUCGAUGGAUGAAAUCGUAAAAAAUGCAAGUGUACGUGGAUAUUUCAAUUCGGCGCAAGCCUUAGCUGAUUUUGCUGAGUUAAUAACUUAUUUGAGAGAAACGUUAUCCGCACAUCAUUCCCCAGUUAUUGUUUUGGGUGGUUCUUAUGGUGGAAUGCUUGCUUCAUGGUUUAGGCUGAAGUAUCCUCAUAUUGCUCUUGGUGCUCUAGCUUCUUCAGCUCCAGUGUUAUAUUUCGAUAACAUAAUUAAACCAGAAGAUGGUUACUACGCUGUUGUUACCAAGGAUUUUAAAGAAACUAGUGAGAGUUGCUAUAAAACUAUCAAAAGAUCGUGGGAUAAAAUCAAUAAAAUUGGAUCCCUUCCAAAAGGCCCCUUAUACCUUAGUAAAAAAUUCAACACAUGCGCUGAGUUGAAUGAGACAAAUGAGUUGACGAAGUUGUUGGAGAACAUGUAUGAUGUAGUAGCACAGUAUGGUAACUUGGUAAUAAACACAUCCAAGAUUUGCAAAGCAAUUGAUGAAGGAAGUAAAGGGAAAGAUAUUAUUAGUCGUAUUUAUGCGGGUGCUCUUGCUUAUUUUAAUGGAACCAUCAAAUGCCUUGAUACACAAUUUUUCAACAAACAAUAUCCUGAAACCAAUGUUGGAUAUGCUUGGCAGAGAUGUAGUGAAAUGGUGAUGCCAAUAGCAAUUAGUACUAGCAAAAUGUCCAUGUUUCCAAGUUAUACUUUCGAUCUACAACAAUUCUCAUUACAUUGUAAGGAAACGUAUAAUGUUAUACCUCGUCCACAUUGGAUUACAACGUACUAUGGAGGACAUGAUAUUAAGCUAACCUUGAAAAGAUUUGGAAGUAACAUUAUUUUUUCAAAUGGAUUAACAGAUCCAUACAGCAGUGCUGGGGUGUUACAAAAUUUAUCUGAGAACAUCAUUGCCGUUUACACAAAACAAGGUUCUCACUGCAUGGACAUACUAGCUGCCAAAGAAGAUGACCCUGACUGGUUGAUCAACCAGAGGGAAAGAGAAAUCAAGAUCAUUAGUGGCUGGAUCAAAAAGUAUCAAGAAGAUCUUCAUAAAUAUCUUAACAACUAGCAUUUUGUACUAAACACAUCAUUUUAUAAAAUUCCAAAGUCUUAAAAUGAAAAACUAAAUAAAUGUUUCGUGUUGUGAUUGAUGUAACAACUCAUGAACGCAUUGAGUUGUGUGUUACUAUCCUUUGUAAUAGUAACACAUUUGUUUCCUCUUAAUAUCUAGCACUAUAUAUAGGUGCAAGUUCUUGUAAUACUGAUAUAGAAAAUGAAAUAGAAGAUAAAUUGAUAUAAGUUUAUCUCUUAUA